AGGCGUGCAUAUUCAUACAAUUCAUACAAAAAACAUUUUAUUCUUUGGAACUUUGGUGAAAGAGUGAAGAUCUGUGACUCUGCAGAGCAACGGAGAGGAAAAGCAACCAGCUUUAUUUUGGCACCGUUUACAGUGCACAGCUUACUGAUGUGUCAGGGGUGGAGAGAUCUGACAUGUAGCAAACCCCCGGUGUACUGUAUCUGCCCACUCUCACGGACAGACAGCAAGUAUGGAAGAUUUAGCUACAAAAAACACAUGUAAGGGAGUAAAUGGACAGUCCACAGCAGACGAAUCACCUGCUGCUGCUGCUGCUGCUGCUGCUCGCAGUGUUGACUCAUGCUGCGGAUCCUGCCUGAAAAGUAUCAAGCUCUGGAUACCUGUGGACUACAAGAAUGAAACAGUUCAGUUUUUGAAACUGGCAGGACCUGUGUUCAUUUCACAGCUGAUGAGCUUCCUGAUCGGCUUCGUCAGCAUGGUGUUCUGCGGUCACCUGGGGAAAACAGAGCUGGCAGGGGUGGCGUUAGCAAUAGCGGUAAUAAAUGUCACAGGUAUUUCCAUUGGCUGUGGUUUGGCAUCAGCAUGUGAUACUCUCAUAUCUCAGACUUAUGGGAGUGGUAACCUAAAGCGUGUAGGGGUGAUACUCCAACGGGGAGCUCUGAUUCUGCUCUUAGCCUGUUUCCCCUGUUGGGCCGUCCUCAUUAACACUCAGCCCAUUUUGCUGGCUGUCAGGCAGAGUGCGGAGGUCGCCAGACUCUCCCAGCUGUAUGUGAAGAUCUUUAUGCCGGCUCUGCCAGCUGCCUUCAUGUACCAGCUGCAGGGGAGGUAUCUUCAGAAUCAGGGCAUCAUGUGGCCACAGGUGAUAUCAGGAGCCUUGGGGAAUGUUUUAAAUGCAAUAAUCAACUACAUCUUCCUCAAUCUCCUCGACCUGGGGAUUGCUGGAUCUGCAGCUGCCAAUGCCAUCUCCCAGUAUUCCUUGGCCGUGUUCUUGUAUGUGUACAUCUGCGCCAGGGGCCUGCACAAAGCUACGUGGGAUGGUUGGUCAGGAGACUGUCUGCAGGAGUGGGGCUCUUUCCUCCGCCUGGCCAUCCCCAGCAUGCUGAUGCACUGUCUGGAGUGGUGGCUGUAUGAGAUCGCAGGGUUCCUGGCAGGCGUCAUCAGUGAGGUUGAGUUAGGAGCUGAGUCUAUAGUUUAUGAACUGGCUGCCAUCGCUUACAUGUUUCCUAUGGGUUUCUCUGUCGCUGCCAGUGUUCGGGUUGGAAACGCUCUCGGCGCUGGGAACACAGAGCAAGCCAAACUGUCCAGCAAGGUCUCCCUCAUCUUGGCAUCCAUCGUCUCGUGUGUCAUUGGAGCCUGUCUUGGCGUGUCCAGGGAUGUGAUCGGUUACAUUUUCACUACAGAGAAAGACAUUAUUCAAAGAGUGGCUGAUGUCAUGAAGAUGUAUGGUUUCAUCCAUGUUGCUGAGGCCUUUGCGGGUGUGACAGGAGGUAUUGUCAGAGGCGCAGGGAAGCAAAUGAUUGGUGCUGUGUGUAACUUGGUGGGUUACUACCUCAUUGGGUUCCCCAUUGGAGUGUCUCUGAUGUUUCCUGUCAAAAUGGGCAUAGUAGGUGAGGACGGAUCAAACAUUUAUGAAAUAAGUUUAGUUGAAUUUUCACUCAAGUUGAUGAACUGUUGUCUUUUUAUCUCUGUUGCAGGGCUGUGGUCGGGGUUUUUAAUUUGUGUUUUGAUACAGUCCACGUUCUUUACUGUUUUUCUGUGCAAACUAAACUGGAAGAAAGCCACUGAGGAGGCGCUGGUAAGAGCAGGAGUCCACAUUACAGAGAGGAACGACAUCUUCGGGAUAGAAAAUAAGGCCCUGGACUCAGGCGAGAACCAGACCCACACAAAGACCAGUCGACCCAGUUCUUUGAGUCCAGCAGAGGGGAAGCUGGAGGCGCUCGGUGCUUCCCUGGACGUGGCUCUGUCAGUCAGGCAGCUGGUGGUACGACGUGGCCUCACUCUGCUGUUCAUGGUCGUCAUCCUCGCCGCGGGAGUGUUCAUGAGUGAGCUGCUCGUCAGGCUGCUCCAAAUAGACGAGUGACCGUCGUUAGACCAACAAACAUGCAGCACGAAAACGAAGCUGUGAGUCAGAGUACAGAUGUGUCAUGUUUAGCAGUAAACCAUUUUAAAAGGGGGAAAAUACUAAGUACAGUCAAGAGCACAAUCAUACCCCUUGGUUUGGGUAUUAACAGCUUACCAUCUUACCACAGGAAGCAAUUUGUGAUGACAAAUUUCCACUCCAUACUCCCACUUUUACAAAAUAAUUUUAAAAAGAAAGAACAUAACAGCUGCAUUAGAGUGAUACAUGUUACACAAGUAAAAAAAAUAUUCUGUAAUUGCAUUAAAUAAGUGGAGUUAUUGCUCAUUUCUGAAAAUUUGAAAAGUUGAUGAGGUGAGUUCUUUCAGAUCCAUUUUCAUUAUGCUUUUAUUUCCUGUUAUUACUUCGCACUGCAGGGAUUGUCUUUGAAGUUAGAUUUUACUGAUAGCAGUUUUGGUAUUUUGUGUCAGUUUUCUGGCACUUUCUUGCUUUAAUCUAUUCAACAGUUCAAACCCAUUCACUUUUAUAGUUGUUAAAUUAGUCAUGUUUUGGAAAAUCUAAGAAGAAGCAGGGCUUAAAUGAAGCAGCCAAUGACAGGCUGAACUAAAAAAGAUACUGUAUAGGCAUGUCUCCUUUAUAUAGAAACAUGCUGCGUAAUAACGGCUCCAGUCAAGACACUAAAAAUGUAUGUUUUCAUCCCACAGUAUAUAUCAGUCUGAAUAGAUGCCACAAUUAGAAAUAGGAUGAUUAAAUGCUAUAUUUAGGGUACAGCGCAUCUGUGGAUGUUUGCUUUCAUCAUCAAAGACAGAAAAGCUGCUCUUUUUCUUUGGUUUAUUUUUCUUUCCUUUGAUCUGUGUCGCCGAAUUUGAUGGUAAUGAAAGGUCUGUACACUCACACUGCAACAUGCUGGCUGGAUGAAGACAUGUCAAACUGAGCAAAUCAGCCACCUAUAUACCUGCUCUGUGCAGGAGCAGAUAACUAGCUAGGCCAGGCUUCACAGUUACAACGUGCUCAUCAAUAAAGACUUCACCCUGGUUAACAGCGGACAAUUAACCAUGUAUAAUUUUCUGAAAUACUCACAUAGACGGUGUUUUUCUACAGAUCCUGUAGAAUAAUUAUUUAGUCCAGUCAUAUUUUCAGUCAGGCCUGAAGGGAUUUUUUUUUUUUCUUGCUUGGCAUAUUCUGGUUUAUUCAUUUCGGUAGGGGCUAACUUCAAAAGAGCUCCACUCUGGUCUGUACAUAGCCAGUGUACCCACAAGCCACUGCACUCUGCAAACCGACACCAGCGCUGGAAUUGCAACACACUGGUGUUUGCGCACAUAAAAACACAUAACAAGCUUGCAUAUUAAUUUAUCGUUACUCAACAUGCAAAUCAGGCUUGAUUCAUACGUGGUUACAUCGUUGUCUGCGCUUCGGUCUUGCUCAUCAGCGGAGACAUUGCCACAGGCUCCUCACAGAGACUGUAAUCUUGGCCCGCUCACCUCCAGAGAUUGCAAUCAGUAACAUGCUGUGGCACCAUUAACGAGUGACUGUGUAAAGAUUUGCUGUCAGUAUCAUUCAACUAGAACUUGUGAUACAGUAGCUUAAGGAAUCUGAUAUUAACUUCUUGGUUGUGUUGCCAUGACAUAACUGGGAACUUAAAUCGUGGCUGCAGUUAAUAAUAUUGCAUAUUACUAACAGUCCACAGCUACUGGCUGCCACAUAUACACAAAUACAAAUAUGUUUAUGCCUCUGCAGCCUGAAGUGUGGAAGUGGAAGUUACAAUGGAUAAUACUGAGCAAUGAGAGAAAUGAGUUGCUCUCAUCAGUGCAGAAAUGAGUUAUCAGCAUUUGCCUGAAUCCAUCAUGCAGAAAUGCCUUUUUUUGUGGGUCUUAAACUUGGUGUCAAACAUGCACUAGUACUUACUACUAGUGUUAGUGUGGACACUACUGUAUAUGUUUUGUACAGAAAUCAGAGAUUGCCUCUUCUCGUAGGUGAAAACAAUAAAGCUGAUUGUGACGUCGGCAUUUAACAUCAAGUGCUAUAUUGAAAGGCAGAAGCUGUAUAUGUGUAUAAACAACAGUGGCUAAAUCAUUCCGUUAUCAUGGGUCAGUUACUGAGUGACGCCAGUUUCCAUUACAUUUAGUAACUAAACCUUUGAGUUCAUUUAUGACCUAAAACAACAGUAGUAAGAAGUCAUAGUGUAUAUAACACAAUCACUGCAGCAUAGUAUGAACUGGUGGGCUCCAAAUUUAAAUAAAACAGUGAUCACUUCAGUGGUCCUCUCACUGCCAUGCUUUUAUUUACUGAUAUCUGUAAAUCCCAGAGAUGUUAAUUUAGAGAUAUGUGAUGAAAUUAAAUAAUAUGGGUUUGGUA